UACUCUGAAUGGAUGACUGCUGAUGAUGCAUGGAACAUGCAGUCAGCCCUGCCAAAAUGUGCAACACUCCUUGGGACAAUUUUGUCAUCUGACAAGACCAAUAUCUCCAUAAUGAUGGGUGACAGAGCCACACAUCCCCUCCUCAUCAGCCUUGCUAAUAUACACAUGUCCAUGCAGCUCAAAUCAUCAUCUAACACUUUCAUUCUUACUGCCCUCCUCCCUGUACUGAAAUUUAUUGUAAAAAAAAACAUAUGUGAGGUGUAUUCAAAGAUCACCUAA